UCCACGCUCAGUACCUACCUAUUGCCUAUUGCCUACCUUUUGUACUCGUUACUCGAGCGACGCUUGGUGGUUUUCAAUAAUUUUAAUAUACAGUGUUAUAUCGCUAUUUACCUAUAGAAACGACUUUAUUCGAUAUUAAAAUAUAAUUACAUUAGUGAUCCUUGUUUUUUUUUUACUUAUCAUUUCUCAACAUGGUUAGAACCAAGCAAUCAAUGAGCUAUAAGGUUUCCGUUGGAAGAACACCUAAAAUAGCUGCGUGUAAAGCGUCGGUGGCCGGUGGCUGCAGCGGUUCGUCAUCGUCUGGUCAUAAAUUGCCGUCAUCUCCUUCCACUUCCAAAAACAAAUACUCGGGUGGAAAUCCAGUGCACCCCAGAGAGAUCCCGGCUUGGCAGAAAGAGAUCACUUGCUUUUUCCAGGUAAAAAACGACGAACAAUCACAACUGCCGUCGGCCAACAACGAGGAGGAGGAGGAGGAGGAGGAUGAGGACGACGACGUUGUAGAAGUACGCCCGCAAGAAACGGCGCAGACGGGAUCGUCGGAAAUUUAGGACAUAACAAUAAGUUUGUCUUUAUACUUACGAAUUUCCUAUUGAAAACCGACUAGAAAUUAUGUGUAAUUAAGAUUUUGCAUAUUACGCUUUAAUAGUCUAAAGUGAGCUCUUAUAUACUCGCAAAAAGUGAUUAUUUUCAACCGUAUUUUAUACCACAUGUCUUAAAUUUUUUUAUGUAUAUAAUAUUAUUAUAUUCGCGUUUUUUAUCCCACCAUACAAUCAUACAUAUUAUUUCCAUUAUAUUUUAUAAACCAAUGUGGUGUAAUCCAAUAUGACGAAAAACAAUACUAUUUAAAUUUAUUUUACAAUAUUGGAUAAACGAAAAUAAAAUUGAUUUAUUCAAUAUCAAUAUAAGUACGUUAGUUCUGCAGCUGUUGUGUACCAUGAAAUAUAUUUUUUUAAAGAUAAA